AUGGCAGCACCACCAACCAAGACCCUUGACGACCUGGAUGGCAUAUGGACUUUGAACAAGCGGUUAUCCGAUCCCUUUGACGAGGUUCUCGCCCUACAAGGCAUUGGCUGGAUCCUCCGAAAGGCCAUAGGAAUGGCAUCUGUAACCGAACAAAUCAGCCAAAGUAGUGAUGAGCAUGGUGUCGAGCAUAUUACCAUCAAUCAGACCAUUACAGGCGGCAUCAAGACAACUCCGGAGCAUCGAGUUCACAACGACACCUGGGGAGAGGAGUACAGCGACCCCAUUUUUGGCCAGUCGAGAAGCCGCCACCGGCGUGUCAGAAUUUCUUCACUCAGGGAAGACGACCCGGUAGAAGGUUCACUGAAAAGGGGUUGGACGCAGGAUGUCAUUGAAGGAGAUGAGCUCAUUGACGGCAUUGUCGAAUCUCUUAAUCAUGACUGGGUUGCGAGAUUAGCCUGCGGCUUUGAGGAGAUCAAGGGUGAACGAAGAUUCGCUGCCCCAUGGGUUACCAACCCCGGACCACAGAUCACGGGUGGGUCUGAAGCCUUCAGCCCACGGUCCUCCAUCGGUUUCUUGGCAAACGGCAGGUCAAUACCUAAAUAG